UAUUAAAGCCAUAUAAUUUACCAGAUGAUGAUGGACGGCUCCAAUUGACUGGCUAAUAAAUUAUCUUCACAACCGAGUCUUGCCAUCCAGAAUCAAUGAACCGCACAGACGACUUGACCAGAACCGCCAAAAACACAGGCACAUAAAAAGGACAUAACACACGAAAUCAGACACUAGAGAAGAGAUGGCAGCGGCAUCGGCAACAACAGCAUCGGCGACUGAAGGACCCAGAAUUGUGUGGAACGAGAAGCAGCGCAGGUUUGAAACCGAAGACAAGGAGGCAUACAUAGAAUAUGUCCUCGUAAAUGAUGGGAAAGUGAUGGACAUAUUGCACACCUAUGUGCCACGUUCCAAAAGGGGAUUAGGCAUGGCUUCUCACCUCUGUGUUGCAGCCUUCGAUCACGCCAAGUCCCACUCCAUGUCUAUCAUCCCCACUUGUUCUUAUGUCUCUGACACUUUUCUUCCACGGAACCCAUCAUGGAAUCCACUUGUGUCUGAAGAACUCAAAUCCAGCAUGUAGCUUGCAGCCGUUUGCUUGCGUUUCUCGAACUGCUUAUGUACCCCAGCUAGUGAAAUCCUAAGUAACUGUUUUCAUAAGGUGUUCUGUGUUAUGUUCAGGAAUCUCCCAUCAGCAUAAUAAGAAUCACUUCUUCGUUUUU